AAAAACAGGUAGCAGUUCCUUUUAGCGUCAGGCCGCCGUCGGGCGGACACGUCCACUAGAAGACCUCGAGGGCGGAGCUGCCUGCACUGCACGGCGACCAUGGAGCGUCUCGCCAUCGUUGUUGUCCUCAGCGUGGCGCUCUUUGUCUUCGCCUGCUCAGGUGAUGCUAACGAUGCCACCAGACCUGGAGUCAAUUCAUUCGGCCAGCGCACAGAGGACCUUGCAAGAGUGGCGGCGGAACUGACCGAGGCGUUGGCCGCGGUGGAGGCGACGAGGGCACCGGGGCUGCAGGCGGGCACCGCGAGCAGGGCUGCGGCCGCCGCUGCAGAGGCGCGCCUCGAGCAGGUGAUGGAGACCAUCCGGCUGCCCGAGCGGAUGCGCUUCUUCUCGCUGCAGAGCACGGGGCCCGACGCGCGCACGCCGCGCCUGUGCCGCCUGUGCCACGCCGUGGCCGGGGCCGUGGUCACCGCCAUCCGCGUGCAGAACAGGACUGGCCCCGCGCUGGCCAGCAUGGUGGACGAGCUCUGCAUCAAGGCCAACGUCACGUCACCCCACAUCUGCACCGGCAUGAUCGACAGCAACACGCCCAUCGUGGAGUACAUCGUGAGGAACACGCCCGGCCUGGACAGCGGCGCCAUCUGCGGCACCUUCAUGCCGGAGUGCGCAGACGGCGUGGCCAGCAUGCGGUGGGCGCUGAACAAGGACAUGGGCGCCAAGCCGCCCGGCCAGAUACGCAGCACCAUGCUGGACCUAAAGGACCCGCCGCCGCCCGUGGAGCCGUACCGCGUGCUGCAGAUCACGGACUACCACUGGGACUCGGAGUACAGUCCGGACGGCAACGCCAACUGCGGCGAGCCGACGUGUUGCCGCAAGAACCAGGGCGCGCCGCCAACCCCGGAAGACCGCGCGGGCCGCUGGGGCGACUACCGGAGCUGCGACAUCCCCUGGGAGACGGUGGAGGAGUUCAUCAAGCACACACAGGAGAAGCUCCACAACGUGGACCUCAUCUACUUCACGGGGGACGUGGUGGACCACGGGGUGUGGGAGACGAGCCGCGAGAAGAACGAGUACCGCAUCCGCUACACGUUCCGCGUCAUGAAGGAGUCCUUCGGUGACACCCUGAUCCUGCCGCUGGUGGGAAACCACGAGCCCCACCCCCUCAACAUCUUCGCGCCAGACUACAUCACGGACGACGCCCUCUCGACACGCUGGCUGUACGAGGUGCUGGCCGACGAGUGGAUCACUCACUGGCUGCCCGAGGACACGCGCGCCACCAUCCUCAAGGGAGGCUACUACACGGUGCUCGUCCGCCCUGGUUUCCGCGUAGUCGCCCUCAACAACAUGUACUGCUACACACUCAACUGGUGGGUUUUGCAUGAUCCUGUGGAUCCAUCUGGCCAGCUAGCCUGGCUCAUCGAUGUUCUCUUGGCAGCAGAGGCAGCAAAGGAGAAGGUCCACAUUCUUGCUCACAUACCGCCUGGCAAUGAUGACUGCCUUGAGUCCUGGGGUCGUGAGUUUGCUAAAAUUGUUGACAGAUUUUCAGCCACCAUAUCUGCUCAGUUUAAUGGUCACACUCAUGUUGAUGACCUGAGUAUAUUUUACGAUGAAUAUGGUCGACCCAAUAAUGUGGCAUUUAAUGGGGGCUCUUUAACAACUUAUGCUGAUGUAAAUCCAAACUAUAAAUUGUACUUGGUAGAUGGCAAUCAUGAGCAUGCAACAUGGAAUGUUUUGGAUGCGGAGCUCUGGGGAUUUAACCUGACAAAAGCCAAUGAAAACCCAGACCUAAGGCCGGAGUGGUACCGCAUGUACUCUUUCAAGGAAACUUUCAAUGUUGAGUCAUUGCAUCCUUUUCAUUUGGAUAAGUUUAUCGGACGGCUUACUACAGAUAACCAACUGUUACAACAAUACUACUGGUACCACAUGUUAGACAGUGAUGUAGGUCACUUGACAGGAUGUGACCAAAUAUGUGCUGAACGACUCAUUUGCAAUUCAGUAACCACAAUAACAAAUGAAAUUGACCAAUGUGAGAGAUAUUUCAAAACCUUGAGAGCACAAUCCCCUUGAGAGACGUACCACAGUUACUACACUACCACAUGGAAAACAUAAUCUCUGGAAAUUGUAUUUCAAUAAAUUUAGACUUUUUAAAACUUA